AUGGGAAAGGGGAGAAUCGGAAGUAGUGCUCAGCAUGGGGGCAUAUGGCGAGACGAGGUCACUUUGAUUCUCGACAGGCAGGAAUCCAUUCGGUUGAGUGUGGGGCAGGGUCAGAAUUGACUCGAUUGCAAUCAGUCGCAGGGGCGUAUUGAAUGUCCGACCAACCGAAUUUAGCUUGAGUGUGAAAUCUACUUUUGCGCUAAAGUGAAGCCAAGGGCGGGGAGGUGGUAUAAUGCGAGAUGGAAGUUCAUCAGGUCAGGUCACGCCCCUGAUGCUGAUUCAUGCGGGUUCAAGGUUCCAGCGCUCCACCUGGAGCCGGCUCGUUGGGCUGUAACAGGGUUGGCCAUGGUGGAGAUGAAGUGUGGAAGGAAAAAGUCUCGCCCUAGACCUUUAAUCGCUUCGACGAGGAUGUUGGAAGUUUCUUCAAUCAUUGAUCGAUUGUGCGAUGGGCGAGCAGAUGUGGCGCCGGGGCUGAAUCACGGAAUCACGGAAACUCGGGGCAAUGUUGAUGUCUUGGACGUCGCAGAUGACGAGAAUCUUGUGAAAAGGCGAGGAACGCGGACGAUUGCAAGAAAGGAAUACAUGUCCCUCGAGUCGAGUCGAGUCGACUUGAGUCGAGGCGAGGGGAGAUGCAUUCGACUUCCCCUCCCGAAUUCCAGAGCGGGCAAGAGGUUGUGUGUGUCGUGCUCAUGCAGCGCUGGCUUCCUUUCCGUGCUCGAGAGAUGCAAUCAGCACACACUACCACCACAUUCUAGACUAGGACGAAGAAACCGAAACCCCGGAUCGCCAGAAAUGGCGCCAGCGCACAUUCCAGCUCCAUGCACUCUUCCGAGAAGCGCAUUCAAACUGCCAUCUCGUGGAAGCAAUGCCCUCCCUCCCUCCCUCCGCUCCUUCCUUUUGCUAUUCUCGGAGAGCCCAGCAGCAUCGCGCUCCUUCAUACGGAACUCGAGAUGACAUUCGUCGGAGGUCAAAGCACGCAUCGGCCUCGUCGUGCUCUUCCUCGUCUUCUUCGUCUUCUUCUUCAGAGACGCUCUUCCUUCGCUGGCAACAGUUUGCUGUUGCUGGUCAAAGAGUACCCACAAGUAAUCCUCGAGGAUGUGGCCGAGAAAGAAGUCAAACCAGGCCUCGAGAAUCGCCCCAUCGAUCCAUAUCUGCAUUCUUUCAUCUUAUACUAUCUUCUAUGAAAACAUUUGGUUAAUACCCAUCUGUAUACAUGAAAUAAAUGCAUUAACAUCCAUGACUUUUGUUAGUAUAUUGCAUUUUGGGGUCUUCAGGUCAUGAUGUGUAUGUGAUCAAUCCACUUUACAUGUGCAAAAUAUGGGGAGGGUUAGUUAUCCUUCACUUAGGACUAAUUAGCCCUCACCCUAGUAGUAUAGGCUCUUCUCCGAUUCCUCGAACACACUUUAGAAGUAGGUGCAAAAUAUUCAAUGCAAUACCAAUUGUGCAUAUAAAUCAUU